GAGUUGACAGAAGUCUUACUGAGUAGAGUGUAGCAGGGCUCACUGGGAGAUCGACUGCUUUGUUCUGUAUCACAGAUUUUUCAUUAGCACCAUCAUCCUGCACUGUGGACAUGGAGGCUCAGAGAAAAAGCAAUGGAUCGAAUGCAAUUUUUAUUCACAAACAUCAUUUAUGUUUGCACGAUUUGAAAAUGCACAAUCAGCAUUUGAGGAACAUCUAUCUUCUAAAAACCAACGUGCCUGAAUACCCUCAACCAGAGUUUCACGUGUCCAAUCUGAAACACGACACACAGCAAGGAGGCUUACUGAGGAUCUGGAAGGACGAAGGCUUUAAGGAUCCUCACGGAGGGAUGAAGGAUCCAGACGGCCUGUCCCUGGUGUGGUGGAGUCUGGCUGUGGGCCCCCAGGAGAUCCAGUCAGCUGAGACCAGGCUCCUCGAUAAGUUCUACCCAAACCGGAUGGAGAAGCAGGCUGAAAAGAAGCCGAGCUACCUGGACGAGAUCUAUCCAGACCGGAACAAGCAGGAGAGCUUCCUCUGGAAGUUUGCUACCUCUCCGGCCUUUGGCGAGAAGUCCAGGUUUGGAUCGUACCGCUUCACCUUCCCCCUGCACGAAGUGGUGACCGCCUACAGCGAGCAGUUUUGCUCCGGAGCUCCGCCCAUGAUAAGGGUGUUCAAGACCUCCCUCUACAAUCAGGAAGUGCAGUACGCUGUGCUGAUCCACAGCCCGGCCAGAGAGAAGCUCUUCUCAGAGUAUCCUUUGCUUGCUUAUGAUGACCCGAACGCCGUCUUCACUUACAGAGACGGACACUUCAUCUGGAGGUCACAGGCCAUGUGCGAGACACACAGUUGGAAAUUGAUCCAAAAACCUGACAAAAACCAGAUGGAAGCUGACAGUCUAUAUUCUCAUCAACAUCAGUUUUAUGUUUGGGAUAAUGUCGCCGUCGCCCUGCACGUGGAGCACGGACAGGUGCUGAAGUUUGACUGCGAUCGACUGAGAGCAAACCUCACGUACUGUGAGAAACCUGAAGAGGAUGUUCUAACAAACCUCUUGUUAGGUGAGAAACCUGAACAGAGUGUUGCACCUGGAAUCCAGUAUGACAGCUUUGAAAAUGCUAAAUCGUUGGUUGGACAUUUGUGGCCUGACGCAGGCUUCCCCCUGGGGAAGGAGCCUUCACUCAAGCUCAUUUUCUAAGGUAAUGAAUCAGUAAUUAAAGGAAUAGUUUCUGCUGUCAUUACAAAUACACAAAAGCUGACACAUGGACACACAACUACUAAAGGUGAAGGUAACAAUCCUCACCUGUGAUCUAUUUGCUUGUAAUUAUGUGUUUAUGAAAAGUCAGUGAGUUUCUGGCCUCCAGAUAGACCACUGCAUGUUUUGCUGGUAUACUGAUGACACCACCGUGGUUGGGCUCAUCUCUGAUGGAGCUGAGACAGCGUACAGGGUGGAGGUAGAGAACUUGUCCUGCUGGUGCUCAGAAAAUAACCUGAAGCUGAACAUCCUUCAAACCAAAGACCUCAUCAUGGACUUCAGGAGGCACAGACAGGUCCACUCUCAUUAUAAAUGAAGAACAGGUUGAAUCUGUCUCCACCUUCAGGUUUCUGUGCACCCACAUCUCCACCAACCUCACCUGGACCCACACCACCAUCGCCCUGGUAAAGAAGGCCCAGCAGCAGCUGCACCUCCUCCGUGUGCUGAGGAAGAAGAACCUGGACCAGGAGCUGCUGCUGACCUUCUCCCCUCCUCAGUGGAGAGCGUGCUCCUCCUGCCUGCUGUUUGUACUCUGAGGCCACGACUGAGAACAGGAAGGCUGCACAGAGGGUCAUUAACACCACCCAAAACAUCACUGCCAACCCUGGAGGCCAUCGCCAGCUCCUCCUGUCUGUGAACCAUCACAAGUGACCCCGCCCACCACCUGUUUGACCUGCCACCCUCUGGUCUGUGCCUGAGCUCAAUCAGGUCAUCCAAGACACAUCCACCUAUCCACCUCAUCAAUCGGAGCCAUGAUCUGAGUAACCCUCAUCACUCAGGUCACUCACACACAGACUGUUCAGACCAGGUCGUUUUUUGCACCGCUUCCAAACACUUUGCCUUUCUGGCACAGGUGGCUUUCCUCCAGGAGACCCACCUGAGUCAAUCAGAACAUGAUAAAUUGAGAAGAGAAGGUUUUAAAAACGUAUUUUUGUCUUCAUACAAGGGAGGACAUAGGAGAGGAGUUGCUAUACUUAUUUCAAAUGCAAUUAAUUAUGAACAUAUAUCAGAACUACAGGAUGGGGAGGGAAGGUUUGUAAAAAUUACGGGUAAAAUUGAAGGUCAGGAAAUGACGUUUAUAAAUGUGUAUAUUCCUCCGGGAAGUAACUGGACAAUAUAUAAACAAAUAUUUGAUUUAAUGGUGAAUUCACAAGGUCUGGUAAUCUGUGGAGGUGAUUUCAAUAUUAGAUUGAACCCUAAACUAGAUGUGUCUGGAGCAUCUAUUAGCUCAAAUGCUCUUACAAAGAAAUUUAAUCAAUUGAUGGAGGAAUUGGGGAUAAUUGAUGUUUGGAGAGAGUUACAUCCUAAAAGUAGGGACUAUACCCACUACUCCUGUCCCCAUAGGACUUAUUCUAGAAUGGAUUACUUCUUUAUGUUCAGUAGUGAUUGUACUAGAGUAAAGGAAUGUAAAAUUAAAACGAUAGAUCUUUCAGAUCAUAGCCCCAUUUCAUUGUCUUUGAGUUUAGAGAAGAAAGCCAGGAAGGUGCUGUGGAAAUUGAAUUCAACUAUAUUAAACGAUCCCAUAUUAAAACAAAAGCUAAGAGAAGAAAUAAAAGAUUUUCUUGAAUUAAACGAUACGGGGGAAGUGUCGCAAAUCAUAUUAUGGGACACCCUAAAGGCAGUAAUGAGAGGACAAAUAAUUUCAAUGACCUCCCAUCUGAAAAAGAUAAAGAUGCAAAAAUUAGUUAACCUUCAGGUAAAGUUAAAACAACUACAACGGGAAGAUGGAUACAAAGGUAAUUUUGAGAUAAAAAAAGAAAUUUAAAAAAUACAGGUUGAAAUCGAUGAAAUUUAUACGCAGGAAACUCAAAAGAAAAUUAUUUUUUUAAAGCAGAAAUAUUAUGAGAUAGGAAGCAAAUCCUCUAAAGUCUUAGCUUAUAAACUGCGUAAACAGAGACUGGAAAACACAAUUCUUAAAAUAAAAAACCCUCAAACAAAGAUAAUUGAAAAUCAAUUAGAGAAAAUUCAAGAGAGCUUUGAGGUGUUCUAUAAAGAACUGUAUACCCAACCACAAACAACGGAUGAAAUAAAAAUUGAUAAUUUUUUGAACAAAUUAAAAUUACCAACUUUAACAAAUCUCCAAAAUGAAAGUUUACUCCAACCAAUAACAACCAAAGAACUUCACCUGGCAAUAUCCAAAUUAAAAGUAGGCAAGAGUCCGGGUUCGGAUGGGUACACUGCAG